AUUGUCCCUUGACAGUGCCGGCCAUUCCAGUCUCUGCUGUCAUCAAGACAGGGUGCCAGGCGUCAUCCGCUGCCACUGCUGAGCACUUUCAUCACAAGCUCUCCAGCCAGAGCCACGUCCAAUGCUGUGACGUCUUACAGGUCAAUAGAAUAGAAGGUACUCUGAGCAAAGUCCAAGCCUUGUGGUGAGUGUCCAGACGCCUUCGGCCACAGCAUUAAACUGCCCCCCUGAGCUGCCCAGAGUGACGCCAACUUACCGAAGCCAUGGCUCUCGCAUUCAAGUCCAUCACCAACAGCCCGGGCAUCAUCAUCUGGAGGAUCGAGAAGAUGGAGCUCGUCCAGGUGCCCCAGAAGGCUCUUGGGAAUUUCUUUGAAGGAGAUUGUUAUGUCCUGCUGGCGACUCGCAAGUCCGGUUCCAUUCUCGCCUACGACAUCCACUACUGGAUUGGCCUGGAGUCCUCUCAAGAUGAGCAGGGGGCAGCUGCCAUCUACAGCACCCAGCUGGAUGACCACCUCGGGGGCAGUCCUGUCCAGCACCGAGAGGUCCAAGGAUAUGAAUCGGACAGCUUCAAGGGCUACUUCAAACAGGGCAUAAUCUACAAGAAGGGUGGCGUGGCAUCGGGCAUGAAGCACGUGGAGACCAACAGCUACAACACCAGGCGGCUGCUGCAUGUCAAGGGCAAGAGGAACGUCCAGGCUAGAGAGGUGGCACUGUCCUGGGAAAGCUUUAACCUGGGUGACGUGUUCCUACUGGACAUCGGAAAGACCAUCGUUCAGUGGAAUGGCCCCGACAGCAACAAGCAAGAGCGCCUGAAGGGCAUGCAGCUGGCAAAGGACAUCCGUGACCGGGAGCGAGGCGGAAGGGCGGAGAUCCGCGUGGUGGAGGGGGACAGUGAAUCCAAGAAUUCGGACUCCAUGGAAAUCCUGAAAAGUGUGCUUGGCGAGCGAUCUGGACAGUUGGGUCCAGCCACCCCCGAUGAGCUGGCUGACCAGCAGCAGAAGGCCAACAUCACCCUGUACCAUGUUUCCGAUGCUGGAGGGCAGAUGACCAUCAUCGAGGUUGCCGCCAGACCACUGGUCCAGGAGAUGCUGAACCGUGAGGACUGCUAUAUCCUGGACCAGGGGGGCCUUCACAUCUUUGUCUGGAAGGGGAAGGGGUCAAACAAAGAGGAGAAGAGGAAGGCCAUGUCACGGGCAUUGGAGUUCAUCAAGCUCAAGGGCUAUGCAACGACCAUCAACGUGGAAACGGUCAACGAUGGGGCAGAGCCAGCCAUGUUCAAACAGCUCUUUCAGAAAUGGUCAUUUAAGGAGCAGACAGUGGGUUUGGGCAAAACGUACACCGUGGGUAAAGUGGCGAUCGUCACUCAGGAGAAGUUUGACGUCAGCCUCCUACAUGCCCAGCCGGUGGUGGCGGCACAGGAGCGGUUGGUGGAUGAUGGAAAAGGGAAAGUGGACAUCUGGCGGAUUGAAAACCUGGAGCUGGCGCCCAUUGCGCGAGAAUGGCAUGGAUUCUUCUAUGGCGGUGACUGCUACCUGGUGCUGUACACCUAUGAGAUUAACGGCCGGGAGAGCUACAUCCUCUACAUCUGGCAGGGUCGCCAUGCCACCCAAGAUGAACUCGCAGCAUCUGCCUAUCAGGCAGUGAGUCUGGACCAGAAGUAUGGUGGGCAGCCUGUCCAGGUGCGGGUCACUAUGGGCAAGGAGCCCCGGCAUUUCAUGUCCAUAUUCAAGGGCAAGAUGGUUGUUUUUGAGGGUGGAACCUCUCGGAAGAAGAGUUCAGAGCCGGAGCCCCCCGUACGUCUCUUCCAGGUACACGGCAGCGACCCGUCCACCACCAAGGCCAUUGAAGUGCCCAACUUCGCCGCUUCUCUCAACUCCAACGAUGUCUUCCUGCUCAAGCAUCAGGCUGGCUGCUUCAUCUGGUGUGGGAAGGGGUCGAGUGGAGAUGAAAGGCAGAUGGCCAAGCAACUUGCCUCGGUGCUGUCCAGGGACUCGGAGAUCAUUGCAGAGGGCAUGGAGCCCAAUGAAUUCUGGGAGUUCCUGGGCGGAAAGACGACAUACGCCAACGACAAACGGCUGCAGCAGGAGGUGCCCGACUACCCGCCGCGCCUGUUCGAAUGCUCCAAUAAGACGGGCCGCUUCAUCGUUACCGAGGUGACCAGCUUCACCCAGGAUGACCUGCUGGAGGAUGACAUCAUGCUGUUGGACACCUGGGACCAGAUCUUCCUGUGGAUUGGGAAAGAGUCCAACGAGGUGGAGCAGAGGGCUUCUCUGGACACGGCCCAGGAGUACCUCCUCACCCACCCCGCCAACAGGGACGCGGGCACCCCCAUCAUUGUCAUCAAGCAGGGCUUUGAGCCGCCCACCUUCACCGGCUGGUUUCUUGCCUGGGACCCGAAGUGGAGUGGAGGAAAGUCUUAUGAGCAGCUGAAGAAGGAGCUGGGGUCUGCCGCCUCUCAGAUUACCGUGGACCUGCGCCAAUCUCAGGUUUCGCCCACUGCCACCAGUGAAGCGCAAAAGUGCUACCCGCCCGGAAUGCUCAUCAAUAAGCAGAAACACGAGCUGCCCAGCGGGGUCAAUCCGGCAGAACGGGAGAAACACCUCUCCGAUGAGGAUUUUGUCGCUGUCUUUGGCAUCACACGUGGCCAGUUUAUCGCUCUGCCCACCUGGAAGCAACUGCAGCUGAAGAAAAGCAAAGGGAUGUUCUGAGGCCAGCAAGGAGACCCUCCAAUCGGGCAGGAGUCCCGGCGAGCUACAGCCCACCACUUGGUGCAUCCCUCCAAACUACGACUGAUGUGCUGUAAUGUAACCACCAUGCCACCCCAAUAAAAAUCCUAACUUUUGUUA